AUGGGUCACAUAGACUUACCCGUCAUCACAACCGGGGGUCAGGAUCAUUCUAAACAGCCCCUCAGCCUAGAGGAGUGCCCACCUGACUAUUUUCCAGAAGGUGGAUUCAGAGCUUGGGCUACUGCAUUCGGAGGCUUUCUUGUGCAAUUUUGCACGUACGGAUACACUAUUUCGUUUGGUGUUUAUCAAGAUUUCUAUGGUCAGACUUAUUUAACGAACCAGUCUCCCUCAACAAUUGCCUGGAUCGGCAGUGUGAACGCCUUUCUUUUCGAAAUCUGUGGCUUGAUAAGUGGACAGCUUUAUGAUCGAGGAUAUGUUCGUCAAUUGGUUAUAGGCGCAUCUCUCCUUCAAGUAAUCUCGCUUUUCAUGCUUUCACUUGCCAAACCUGAUCAGUACUACCAAGCAAGCACAUAUUACUCAUCUUACGGAUCAGUAUUCCUCUCGCAGGGCAUCGGGUCAGGCUGUGCUGGCGGUUUGCUUUAUAUCCCCAGCAUGGCUGUUGUCUCGCAGUAUUUUCGCAAACGACGCGAAUUGGUGAUGACCUUCGUUGCUUCAGGAGCUUGCUUAGGCGCUGUGGUGCAUCCGAUCAUGUUAAACAAUACCUUGAAUGGCCGCUUGGGAUUUGCAAAUGGAGUUAGGGCUAGCGCUGCCCUCAUCAGCGGUUUGCUGUUCAUAGCAUGUCUCCUCAUCAAGCCUAGGUUCCCCCCGUCUAAGGCAUCAACAACAUUUCUUGCAUCCGCAAAGAAAUGUGCUCAUGACCCCCCAUAUAUAUAUGGGACUGCGGGCUUAACCAUUUUUGCUGUUGGAUUCUAUUACCCCUUAUUCUACCUCCAGCUCGACUCGGCUACGCAUGGUCUCAGCAAAACAUUCUCUUUUUAUUCACUUGUAAUCAUGAACACAUCGAGUUUCGUGGGACAGCUAACAAGUGGCUUGCUCGUUGAAUGCUUUGGUGUCCCGAGAGUCUUGACGGUUUCAACAUUUGCCGGUACUGUCUUACUUUUUUCUUUGAUCGGAUUACGCACCCUAGCCAGUGUGGUGGUAAUUGGUAUUCUUUAUGGGUACAGCGCUGGAAUUUUUCAAGCGUUAUGGGCACCAAUUCUGGCUGUCUUAUCGCCAGACCCAUCUGACCUAGGUGCCCGCAUGGGCAUUUCCUAUGCCUUUAUGGCUCUCGGAGGGUUGAUAGGCCCACCGAUAUCAGGAGCAUUAUUAACAAAUGAUUACAUUUGGUGGCGCGGCGCAGUUUUCAAUGGGAUCAUGGCUGCAAUUGGGUGUUCAUGUUUCAUCGCAAUGCAAAUAGUACUCAGGCGUCGGGAUAACGUUUCUCAGCAAUCAUAA